AUGGCAGAUGGGUCAUUUGACGACCAUGCGGGUCCAGCACCCCAGGUUCCAGGUACAGAGUUGCCAUCUUCAUUGACCAACGAUGAGUUGUCAGAGGCCCGGUCUCAUGGCGUCGCAUCCACAAAUGAGUCGAGUGCUGCCCGCCAGUCAUCGACUAGGCCACAGGGCAAGUGUCGUUUCUUCAAAACGAAAAAGGGAUGUCGCAUGGGUGUAGCUUGCCCAUACCUGCACGAUGCCUCGGCUCUCGAGCCCAAAGAGGUACAAUCGAAACAGCAAGGUCCCACUAAAGCUUCUGAUGAUACUACUUCGAUAUCAACCCAAAAUCUUGUCGCCGAGACCCGGAACAUGUCCCUCAGUGGGUCUCAGUCAGCUAAAAAAUCAACUGACACUACUUCUGUCCAACCUCAGAGACCUGUUUCUUCGAUGGAACAGUCGAACCCACGAGAGUUCCAAGUCAAUCAAUUGAGGCGGCGUUAUCGCCCGCACGAGACCAAUGAUGAUCAAGGCACUACGCUGACCUUCGGAUUGGUCCCCUCGGAUCCCGACUUCCCAUUCGAGUUGGAAAGGCUUCAAUGCAUACUCCAUGUUCCCAAGUCGUACCCGCAAGCGCGUCCCACGCUUACAGUCAGUAAUUCUGAGAUGGAAUCUGCAUACCAAGCAAACGUCGCCCGUGGCUUUGAUGAUAUUGUCGAUUUCACUUAUCGAACUAAUGGCCGAGGAACGCUACUGGGGUGGCUGAACAGUCUAGACAAGAAGCUCGAGCCUCUGCUCACGACCUUGGAGCGAGGGCCGACGCUCAAAUUCUUUGCUAAUCAUGGGGACCCAGCAACGGCCAAAGAGCCCAUCAAAGCUCCAGAGAAAGUCACAGGCCAGCCAAGCGUUGCUCAAGCUAAAUUGCCAGCCUCGAGUGCUGCUCAGCCCCAACGGAAUUUGCAGCCACAGAGAGUGGUACCUAAGCAUACCGCUGAGGCCAAAGCUGCAGCUGAAAAACGCCGCGCACUCGAGACAAAGCAAUUGGAAGCGCGACUUGGUAGACUUCCUAUGUUUCAAAAAGCGCCAGACGGCAAGACAUACGUUAUACCGAUUCAGCCCACCAAGAAGGAUCGCUUACCAAGAGCGAUUCAGGCAUUGAAGACUGUGAAGCUGAUUGUGCCCCCCUUGUACCCACUCGAACAAAGUUCAAUCAAGCUUCAGGGUGUUGAAGGCAAUGAGACCAAGGCUACAGAACUCGGAUUUACUCAAUGGGUUCAACAGACUUCCCAACUAAGUCUGGUGUCUCAGAUCAACUACCUCGCGAGCAAUAUCCAUAAAUUUGCCGAGACAUCUCUGCCAGAUCAUGAAGAGUCUACCGACCUUAUUCCGCUAGAGGUAGAAGAGGAAGAGACCGAAGACGUUGAUCUUUCCACAGCCCCUCCUGAACUGCCAGCGCAUGACGACGAAGACCGGCCGCAUCUUCACGUCAUUCCCCGCCCGCCCGAGUGGUCAGUUCCAGACACCCAUAGCGGCGGUGAAGGAAUAUCAGAUGAAUCAAGCUACGACGAGGAUGAAUUUUCAGACGAAGAAGACGAAGAAGGCGGUGCGCCUGUUCCUGUGGCAGUGGACAACAAUGCGCCUGGGCGGGGCGUUGCACUGUCUUUCCCGUAUCUGGAGCUAUAUGGAAUCGAGCUGCUGGAACUCACUUGCCUCAACAUCACUGUGAAAUGUGAUAGGUGCAAGGUUGCAGUGGAUAUCAAGAAUGUGCCGCAGAUCACAGACGAGAAAGGCCAAAUGGCGAAGCAGGAGUCUUGCAAAAAGUGUGCUAACAACAUGAGUGUUGCCUUCCGCAGGCAGUUGAUGCAUUCUCAUGCUAAUCGCGCUGGAUAUAUCGACUUGGAUGGCUGUACGAUUGGAGAUAUGCUGCUUAGCGACUUCAUUCCUACCUGUUCAGAGUGUUCGACUGCUCAUCCUGCACCUGGUGUCCCUGCUGUUCGUGGUGAAAGCGCAAUGGCUAUCUGCCGCCAGUGUCAUCGUAAAAUGGUUUUCAAGGUUCCCGAAGUGAAGUUCUUGUUGGUGGGCAGUGCAGCAAUCUCUGCUCGUGGGGCUCUUCCUCUUAAGAGAAAGCCUCAGGAGGUUCUCGGAAUUGUGGCAGGACAGGAGCUUCCCCGACGUGGUCGCUGUCAGCAUUAUGCCAAAAGUCAACGCUGGUUUAGAUUCAGCUGCUGUUCUAAAGUCUUCCCGUGUGAUAAAUGUCACGAUGCGGAGACCGACCACCCAAACGAGCAUGCCAACCGUAUGAUUUGUGGUUAUUGUUCACGCGAACAAAUCUACAGACCCGAAAAUUGUGGUAUUUGUAAAGCUGUUCUUAUUGGCAAAGCAGGAAGUGGAUUCUGGGAAGGCGGAAAGGGAACAAGAAACCGUGCCCUGAUGAGCCGAAAAGAUCCGAGAAAGUUCAAGAGAGUUGGAGGGAAUGCUCCCACGUCGAAGACAUCGAAACGCAAAUAG